UUCGAAGGCGUUGGAUAUUUGAUAUUUCGUAUUUGCUCUCCACUUCCAGUCUUCCUCAUCCUCCUUGGUCCUUAAACUUGACAUUAUAGCUUUUUCGUUUUUGUUUAUGUUUUUGGUAAUUUGAUAUCUUCAUUUUCUAACUCCAGUUGAGAACGUAGAAAAGAAGUAUUAGAAUACUGCAGGAAAAAGAUUAAAGGUACAUCCAUUUGGAUUCGGAAGCUGUAACCAGCUAUGGGUUUGCUCACUAUAAACUGUGGGAAGUUAGUUGGGUACUAUGGUGCCAAAGAGCUUUCACCCCUAAAAUGUAUCAGUGGUACUAAAUUUAGUGUAAGGGCCUUUGCUAGUCGUAAAUCAAUGAAAAAAUUGAGAAGAGAGGCACAACUGCGUAAAAGUGUCACCUUGCGAACUAAAGAGACUUUGCCAGAUGACAGCAGUGUCCCAGCAGACACGUCUCCCUCAAAGGAUGAUAAUGUUAAUGAUGGAAACAGUCUGUAUUCUUUUGAUAAUUCAGCUCCACAGAAUUCAAUUUCCAUGCCUUCCAGGAGUAAUGUGCUUCAAGCCUGCACCAUCACUUCUGGGUUGAUAGCUGCUUUAGGUUUAAUAAUUAGACAGGUAUCUCAUGCUGGGUCGAUGGAAGGAUUGCCCAUUCUUGACUGCUCCAUGGAAGUAUCAUUUGGUUUUCAGAUGUGGCAUCUUGAGCUGAUCACUGCAUUGGUUAUCCUAAUUUCAUCAUUUCGUUAUGUACUAUUGAAGACAUUGCCUAAUUUUGCUGAGUCAAGUGAAGCAGCCAAUCAGCAGGUUCUUUCUUCACUACAACCUUAUGAUUACUUAGUUGUUGCCUUUUUGCCUGGGAUGAGUGAGGAACUACUUUUUCGUGGUGCACUGCUCCCAAUUUUUGGAUUUGACUGGAAGAGUGUCAUAGUUGUUGCCACUCUUUUUGGCGUUCUACACUUGGGCAAUGGGAGAAAGUAUUCCUUUGCAGUGUGGGCAACCUUUGUUGGGAUUGUGUAUGGUUAUGCAACAAUCAUAUCCUCAAGCCUUAUCGUGCCCAUGGCUUCUCAUGCAUUGAACAACCUAGUUGGAGGGGUUUUCUGGCGCUACACAUCAAAGUCUGUAGAGUGAGAAUGAGAUGCCAUUUGGGCUUUAGUGCGAGUGAUUGCCAGACUAGAAAUUUCUUAGAUUUAAAGCCGUGAUUACUGUCACGAAUGUGUGGCAUUCAUGAUGUAAUUACCCUCACUUGUAUAUAAUUGACCUAUGAAAAACAAGAAACAGAAACAUGUCAAGUGUUUGUAAAGAGUAAUUUUUUCGUCAGUGCACUGCUUCCUUGGAUGCAAGCUGAAUAUCGUUCCCUAAUGUAAACAAGGUGUACAGUUGCUCUUAAUCCCUCAAAACCGCACUAAAAUCCUAUAGUGUCUUUAAAGCCCACCGUUUUACACGCGGUGAAGUCAAUAUGACAGGGUCUCCCACCUUUCUGUUGAAACAGAGUAAAUGUGGAAAAAGGAGAAAGGAAAGAGAAAGAAACUGAAAUGGGAAGAUCCCGCGUCACAGACGAGUUUGAUACGUGUGGAGAAUCAAAGUCUUCUUCGAUUUCACUGACCACCCUUUGACCCAAAGCCCCUGAUUUAAAUCCACUCGCCUUUGAAUGUCUCUCAUCCUCCUUCUAGUCAAUCAAUUAAUCCACAAAGAUUUCCAUACACUUCCCAGUUACUCUUCCAUCAUGUCAUCUUAUUAUAAGGGCCAGCCUCUGCCAAAAUUUGGUGAAUGGGAUGUAAAUGAUCCAGCCUCAGCUGAAGGAUUCACUGCCAUAUUUAACAUAGCUAGAGAUGAGAAGAGAACUGGUGGGAAUGUUACGGUCUUAACCACCGACGGUGUCAAAUCACAGCACAAAAAUGGUGCACAUAAGGAGAGAAACAGACGUAAAUAUUCCAUUAAGAGAAAAUGGUUUUGCUUAGCUUGAAAUCACUUCAACUUUUUGAGACAGAAAGCACUUGCUGCUGAAGCCAUUAGAAUUUUUUAUGGUUGCUGAUCCUGUUUUGUUUUUGGUUUGCCUUGUAAUUAAUUUUCUACAAUUUUUUCAGUGCCCAGUGUUUCCAUGUUUUUCAUGGAAUUUUUCUAUGCACUUUAAAUGAGAGUGUAGGCUAUAAACUAUGUUUUCUCCAUGUGAAAGGAGGCGAUGGUAAAGCUACAAUUUUUCACGUUUUCAUUUGGGAUGCCUUCCUUGUCUGUUAGUACUUAUUUCAUUGCAACAAUUACAACAAAAAGAGCAGCAGUGUACAAGUUUUGACAGUGGAACACCAAAAUAAAUCCAUCAGCUAUAUUUAGUUCCA